UCCCGCCCCCACGUCCCGGCGGGGCGGAGCCGCCGCGGCUGUCAUGGCGUCGCGGGCGCUGCUGGCGGAGGAUCAGCCGCUGCGGUGCCAGUAGAGCGCGGCGGAGCCGGCGGGCCGGGCAUGGAGAGCCCGGCGCAGCCCCCGCCGCCUCCGGGCCCGCCGAAGAGGGGCGGCGGGGGCGCCGCGGGCCAGCUCCUCCCGGCAGAGGCGGCGGGCGAGGGCGGCGGCAGGGACGGGCCCGCGGCGGCGGCGGAGGAGGGCGGCGGGCAGCCCGGCCCGGCCCCGCCGGCCGAGGGCGCGGCGCCCGGCGCGGAGAGCGGCCCCGCGGAGGCCGGCUCCGGCAGCAGCGGCGCCGCCAGCCCCCCGGGGGAGGAGUCCCGCAGCCUCGACUCGCUGGAGUCCUUCUCCAACCUGCACUCCGGCUGCCCCAGCAGCUCCGAGCUCAACAGCGACGCCGAGGAGGCGGCCGCCGCCGCGGGGGGCCCGGCCGCGGCCCCGGCGCCGGCCGCGGCGGGCGCGCAGCUGCUCUCCGCCUCCAAGGAGCGCUUCCCGGGCCAGUCGGUCUACCACAUCAAGUGGGUGCGCUGGAAGGAGGAGAACACGCCCGUCAUCACCCAGAACGAGAACGGCCCCUGCCCCUUGCUGGCCAUCAUGAACGUGCUGCUCCUGGCCUGGAAGAUUAAGCUGCCACCAAUGAUGGAAAUCAUAACGGCUGAACAGCUGAUGGAAUAUUUAGGAGAUUAUAUUCUUGAUGCAAAACCUAAAGAGAUAUCUGAAAUUCAGCGUCUAAAUUAUGAGCAGAAUAUGAGUGAUGCAAUGGCAAUUCUACAUAAGUUACAGACAGGCCUGGAUGUGAAUGUGAAGUUCACAGGUGUGCGAGUAUUUGAAUACACACCUGAAUGCAUAGUGUUUGAUCUUCUUGAUAUCCCUUUGUACCAUGGCUGGUUAGUGGACCCUCAGGUUGCUGACAUUGUAAAAGCAGUUGGUAACUGUAGUUACAAUCAGCUAGUGGAGAAGAUAAUUUCUUGUAAACAGUCAGACAACAGUGAGCUGGUUAGUGAAGGAUUUGUAGCUGAGCAGUUUCUAAAUAACACAGCCACACAGUUGACAUACCAUGGGCUGUGUGAGUUGACUUCAGCUGUCCAAGAGGGAGAGCUUUGUGUGUUCUUCAGAAACAACCAUUUUAGCACCAUGACCAAAUAUAAGGGUCAGCUUUACCUGCUGGUGACAGACCAGGGUUUUCUUACAGAAGAGAAAGUUGUUUGGGAAAGCUUACACAAUGUGGAUGGUGAUGGAAAUUUCUGUGAUUCUGAAUUCCACCUACGGCCUCCAUCAGACCCUGAAACUGUCUACAGAGGGCAACAGGAUCAAAUAGAUCAAGAUUAUCUGAUGGCAUUGUCUCUACAACAAGAGCAGCAAAAUCAAGAGAUUAACUGGGAGCAGAUCCCAGAAGGAAUCAGUGAUCUGGAGCUAGCAAAGAAGCUCCAGGAAGAGGAAGACAGGCGAGCUUCUCAGUACUAUCAGGAACAAGAACAAGCAGCUGCUCAGGUCCAGCAGGUGCAAGGUGCUGUUUCUCCGGCAAGUGGAAGACAAUCUGGGAGUAGUGAACGCAAACGUAAAGAGCCUCGAGAGAAAGAGAGAGAAAAAGAGAAGAAUAGCUGUGUUAUCUUGUAACAUGAAAUGGAUUUAGUCUGGAGCCAAGUGCAUGUCCUCAGAAGCAAAAACAAGGAGUAAAAAGGAAGACAAACCCGUUACAUGCCGCCUGUGCCUGAUUACCCCAUGGAUUUUGUUCAUGUUUCAGGAGAGGAUGGGUGACUUUGUUACAAUCCAUACAGACCUUUUUCAAAGUCAUAGUGCGUGCUGCUUGAGAUGGAAUUCCAAAUCACAGUUGGAUGCGGCUGUGCUUUGAGUUAGUCAUACAAAAUAUUGCACCUUGUAGCUGAACACACAAAUCAUGGCAAGUUUUGUGUCAUAGUGACAUGCAUUACUCAUUACAUCAGUUAGUAAGCUAUUUUAUCUUCUAUCCUAAACAAAGGAAGUAAUUGGUUUUGUGUCAGACUUCUUGAAGUCUGUACAUUAGCACAACAGAAUCCUGUUACUUUAAUGGUGUGAAAAUAUAUCUUGUGCUGGGUAUCAUAACAUAAGAGCCCAAUGAACAGCUGGGCACUGCCUCCUCAGUGUGUCCAGGUUUUUUGCUUCUGGAUCUGGUAUGUUUGGUUUUUUGAACCCAGAUUGAUACUGUGUUAGUGGCAUCUUUGCACCCCCAGCCAGCUUUAUCUUGCCUCAUGAAUAUGUGAUUUGGUAGUUGUCAUAUUAAAAAUGUGUCGUAGAAAAUGGGGCAUUUAUUAAUGAGCAAGAUGAAUAUUAUUUGCUUUUCUUGCAAUUAAACCUGGGUAUGGCAACUCAGAUGUUAUCAGGGUUAAACAAAUAAUUUUAUAGAUAAUUUUUUUUCUUUUAGUAUUUUUUCUCUUAUAGGUAAACUGGACCAGAUAAGUUAUUUAUUGACCUCUCCAUAUGAUAAGUUAAUGAGAGGAAACUAAGGUCUAUAAUAAUCCUUAUUCUAUAUAAGAAUGCAGAAUUCAAAUAACUAUCUGCCUUUUUUCCAGAAGUACCUUGAUCUUUAACAUGAUGUUAAUGUGUCCACUUGUAUGUUUAAGCAAGUGUACUGUAGUUAAAUACACAUUUUUCUUGUUUUCUAAAUCACCUAUUCUUAAAAGCACACUUUUGAAAGGUGAGAGAGAAGCAAGGCUGCUCUCUGAGAUUGUUUGGAAAGGUAGUCAGGUGUAAUAUUUUGUUUUUUAAAUCACUAAUUUAGAAUUUUUGAGAAACUUCUGUAGAAACCAGAUUUUUCUAAUUUAUGGGAACCAAAUAAAUAUGUUGCAUCUUGUAGUAUUUAUAGAAUACAGAAACAGAAUACUUGCUGAAUUCUGAGGGAACCAUAAACCCUCCUCCACUUCCAUUAAGUCAGUAACAGUUACCUUCUUGCUGAACCUUUUUGAUAAAAUUUAUAUUUAGCAAUUUGUAAAUACUUUUGAAAAAGGCUGCUUUGCCUGGACAAGUUCUUAUCUAUGCUCUAAGCCUGGGUAAGUGCAUUAGUUAGUAUACAGUAGUCUGGGACAGCCAAUGCAGCCAGCUGGAAUAUGACAUUCCUAGUUUUGGAUGUUUGAGAAUGUCUGGAAGGGUUUAAAAUUCUUGGUAUCUGAACACAAGUCCACAGGUCAAAAGCUGCUUUAAAAUUAUUUCAAGCAGACUUGCCACUGUGACUGGAACCAGUCAUCACACAAAUCUAUUAGAAAUCUAGAAGGAGAAUUAGACUGAUGAAGAAUGUCUUAUAUUAACUAAAGGGCCAGUCUGGUUCACUUUUUUCAUGCCUUUUUUUCUUUUAUUUUUCACUUUUGUUACCAUUUCCUUUUUAUAAUAAAGAAGUAAUGAGUGGUAGAAGAUCUCAAAAAAAAAAAAAAAUCUCUAUAUUCUCUAAAAAAAAGUCAUGCCCAGAAGUCAUUUUAAUGCUUAAUAUAUGCAGUUUAGAUAACUUUCUAUGUCAAAGCAAAGGGUGACUAUUUUUUUGUUUGCAGUAGUCUGACUUCAAACAAAUUAAUGUAAAGGAGGAUCACCAACAUAAAGACUUGUCUACUUCAAGCAGAACAGAAAAUAUUUCAAUAUAGUAGUGUCAAUAACAAAGACUUUAAGCCAGAAUGUUGUUUAAAAACAUUCUGUUACUAAGAUUUUUCCAAAUUUGUAUAUUUACAUUUAUUUAUUGCCCUUGAAAAAUAAAUAUGUCAAGUUAA